GGUACCAGAAAGCUUUGAAGACAUUGCCGUGGAGUUUUCAAGGGAGGAAUGGGAGAUUCUGAGUAAACGGGAGAAGGAACUCCACAGGGAAGUGAUGGUACAUAACUAUGAGAACAUGGUUUCAAUAGGUUAUGACAUUCCACUGAACCACCUUUGGACAUAUAUUAGGAAGGACGGGACUGAUCCGUUAAGCGACUCAGGAGGAUUAGCUGCCCAGCCGAAACAUCCUCCUGUUAACGAUGUCAGCAUCCACAGGAAUGCAGACUUUUGUGAGCAUCGGAAAGAGGAGAUUUACUUUGGAGAACACAUUAAGUCUGACUCUGACAACUCUUUACCAGAUUCAUUUUCCAGCAAAAGAUGUAAUGUGAUACAGACUGAAAGCAAAAGUGAGAAGUCUCUGGAAUAUAUAAAGGAGCUUCUCAAGAAAAGUAAACUAAACGUGCAUCUACAAACUCAGGCAGGGAAACAAAAUUGCAAAAUAUUUAACUGCAACAACAAUUCUACUUUUCACAGAAUCAUCUUAACUGAUAAAUUAUCUCACAGUGGGAAAAGACAAAAGAACACCUUAGGGACACAUGAACAAAUUUUCAAUAGAGAGAGGACAGCAACCCCCACUGGAAAGAAACUCUAUAAAUGUGCCACUUGUGACAAGAGUUUUAGAGACAAGCGUUACAUGGCAAAACAUCAACUAGUCCACACUGGGCAUAAGCCCUAUAAAUGUGCUACCUGUAGCAAGGGUUUUACAAGAAAAUAUUCUCUGGAAAAACAUCAGAUUAUCCACACUGGCCAGGGUCCAUAUAAAUGUACUACAUGUGACAAGAGUUUUGUGCGUGAGUACGAGCUGAGAAAGCACCAGAUUAUCCACACUGGACAGGUACCCUAUAAAUGUACUACAUGUGGGAAGGGUUUUGUAAAUAACUACAGUCUGCUAGCACAUCUGGUUAAACACAUGGAACAGAAACCAUUUAAAUGUGCCACUUGUGACAAGGGUUUUGCAUACAAACAUAACAUGGAAAAACAUAUGAUAAUACACACUGGACAGAAGCCCUAUAAAUGUGUAACCUGUGACAUGGAUUUUUCAAAUAAAUAUUCCAUGGAAAAACAUCAGAUUAUCCACACUGGCCAGAGUCCAUAUAAAUGCACUACAUGUGACAAGAGUUUUGUUCGCAAAUAUGAACUGAGAAAACACCAGAUAAUUCACAAUGGACAAACACCCUAUAAAUGUACUACAUGUGACAAGGGUUUUAUAAAUAAGUACAGUCUUCUAACACAUCAGAUUAAACACACUGGAUAUAAACCCUUUAAAUGUGCCACAUGUGACAAGAGUUUUGCAUACAAACAUGGCAUGGAGAGACAUAUGUUAGGCCAUACCGGACAAAAGCCCUAUAAAUGUACCACCUGUGACAGGGGAUUUAGAGAAAAAUAUAUCAUGGAAAAACACGAGUUAAUACACAUUGGACAGAAGCCAUAUAAAUGUGACACAUGUAAUGAGGGCUUUACUAGCAUGUAUUACAUGGAAAAACAUAAAGUAGUCCAUACUGGACUGUAAAACCAAACUGGAAACAGUCACACACGUUGUUGCUGGUUGCAAUACACUAAUAGCAGAGGGACUGUAUACUGAAAGGCAAAAUAAGGUGGCGAGACUGGAGAUUGUGCAAACGUUAUGGUAUCGAAGUGGCUAAAAAACACCGGAAACAUGAUCCACAGAGAAUCAUAGAAAAUUAUGAAGUUUAUAUCACAUGGAAUUACCCAGUGUCAACAGUUCAAAAGAUAGAUGCUAGAAAACUGGAUGUAGAGGUCCAUGAAAAGAAGACAAAAGUAGCAUUGAUCCUUGAAAUCGUCACACGUAGUGACUACAAUGUCUUCCAUACAGAGAGACACAAAGUUAUAAAAUACCUUGAUCUGCAGGCAGAAAUGAAAGCCAUGUGGAAGAAAGAU